AAUGUUAAAAAUUGAAGGUGAGAAAGAAGAGAAAAAACGUGAUUUUAGUAAAUUAGAACUAAAACCCGAUCACCCUAAUCGGCCACUGUGGGCUUGUGCUGAUGGACGAAUAUUUCUUGAAACAUUCUCUCCUCUAUACAAACAAGCUUACGAUUUUCUCAUCGCAAUAGCUGAGCCUGUUUGCAGGCCUGAAUCUAUGCACGAGUACAAUUUGACUCCACAUUCACUGUAUGCAGCAGUGUCCGUGGGACUCGAGACUGAGACUAUCAUUUCUGUAUUGAAUAAAUUGUCAAAAACAAAAUUACCGAAAGAAAUGAUUGAUUUCAUACAUGCCUCGACGGCUAAUUAUGGGAAAGUAAAACUUGUGCUUAAGAAGAAUCGGUAUCUUGUUGAAUCCCCAUUUCCAGAGGUGUUGAAGAAGUUGCUUCAAGAUGAGGUGAUAUCAAAGGCUCGGAUUAGUUCUGAGGCCUUCCAUGGAAGCGAUGGAUUUACAGUGAGCAAGUCUUCUGGUGAAAUUUUAACUGGUCAGGAUGAGUUGCUAAAUGAAGCAGAAUUGGCAGCUGCAGCUGAAGAAAAAGAAACUCACUCAUUUGAGAUUGAUCCUUCCCAGGUUGAGAAUGUAAAACAGCGUUGCUUGCCAAAUGCUUUAAAUUAUCCAAUGUUGGAGGAGUACGACUUUAGAAAUGAUACUAUCAACCCUGACCUUAAUAUGGAACUUAAGCCUCAUGCACAACCACGGCCAUAUCAAGAAAAGAGUCUCAGUAAAAUGUUUGGAAAUGGUAGAGCAAGGUCUGGCAUUAUUGUACUGCCUUGUGGUGCUGGAAAGUCUCUAGUUGGUGUUUCUGCUGCAAGCCGGAUAAAAAAGAGCUGUCUUUGUUUGGCAACAAAUGCUGUUUCUGUGGACCAGUGGGCCUUCCAGUUUAAGUUGUGGUCCACAAUACAAGAUGAUCAAAUCUGCCGUUUUACUUCUGAUAGCAAAGAGAGGUUUCGCGGCAAUGCAGGAGUGGUUGUGACCACAUAUAACAUGGUUGCUUUUGGUGGUAAAAGAUCUGAAGAAUCUGAAAAGAUUAUUGAAGAAAUCAGAAAUAGAGAAUGGGGUUUGCUUCUCAUGGAUGAGGUUCAUGUGGUUCCUGCUCACAUGUUUCGUAAAGUUAUCAGCAUCACUAAAUCACACUGCAAACUUGGGCUUACUGCAACACUCGUGAGAGAGGAUGAAAGGAUCACAGACUUAAAUUUCCUUAUUGGACCCAAAUUGUAUGAAGCAAAUUGGUUGGAUCUAGUCAAAGGAGGAUUUAUUGCAAAUGUACAAUGUGCUGAGGUAUGGUGUCCAAUGACAAAGGAGUUCUUUGCUGAAUAUCUGAAGAAAGAAAACUCCAAGAAGAAGCAGGCCCUUUAUGUGAUGAAUCCUAAUAAGUUCCGAGCAUGUGAAUUUCUCAUACGGUUUCAUGAACAGCAGCGUGGUGAUAAGAUAAUUGUUUUUGCUGACAAUCUUUUUGCCCUUACGGAGUAUGCAAUGAAACUUCGCAAGCCCAUGAUCUAUGGUGCUACAAGCCAUGUUGAGAGGACAAAGAUUCUGCAGGCUUUCAAAUGUAGUCGUGAAGUGAAUACUAUCUUCCUGUCGAAGGUUGGUGAUAAUUCUAUAGAUAUUCCUGAGGCAAAUGUGAUAAUCCAGAUUUCAUCUCAUGCUGGUUCAAGACGUCAAGAGGCUCAGCGUCUGGGUCGUAUUCUUAGGGCAAAGGGUAAGCUAGAAGAUAGGAUGGCUGGAGGCAAAGAGGAAUACAAUGCAUUUUUUUACUCCCUUGUUUCUACGGAUACUCAGGAGAUGUUCUACUCAACUAAAAGGCAGCAGUUUCUGAUUGAUCAAGGUUAUAGCUUUAAGGUAAUUACGAGCCUGCCUCCAGCUGAUUCGGGAGCCGAGUUGAACUACCACCGUUUGGAUGAUCAAUUGCAACUUCUCAGCAAGGUAUUAAGUGCUGGCGAUGAUGCAGUUGGUUUAGAACAACUAGAAGAAGAUGCAGAUGACAUAGCCCUUCACAAAGCUCGUCGCUCAAUGGGAUCCAUGAGUGCUAUGUCAGGUGCAAAUGGGAUGGUUUACAUGGAAUACAGUACUGGUCAGAAGAGACCUGGGCAAGGCCAUCUUAAGAGUAAACCUAAGGAUCCCGCCAAACGCCAUUAUUUGUUUAAAAGACGCUAUGGCUGAGGUAGCAUUCAACACAAUAAUGCAGAAGAUUGUGGUUCCUUUAGCCCUUGUUCAUACUGCAGCAAGUCGCCAUUUUGCAUGAGGUGAAUUUGCGUGAAAAGUUUGUAUCAAAGAACCAUGAACAGUUUGCCCGAGUAUAAUAUUUUAUACGAGUCUAUUAUGAUCGAAAAGAGACGAGAGCUACAUAUUUUCAAGGUUUGAUGUAGCUACGCCUUGUGAGCUUCAUAAAAUCAAUAAGAAUUUUCAUCCCCUUUUCUGGUUU